AUGGCAGCAGCACACGACGACUUCUUCAACGGCAAGAGCAGCGAAUUCGACUUAGUACAGCAGGAUGACGACUUCCUACUGGACAGCGUGGAGCAGCCAGAGGCACUUCCCGUGCAGGCCGUGCAACAGGCGGAGCAGCGGCAGCGCGAGAAACUGAAUAACGGCAUAGACUUCUCCGCUGCAGACAGCCCGGGCGAUCGUGAAAAGAGGGAUGAACGGCAACUUGGCAGGAGCGACCCCUUCGACCCUUUUUCCACCGAAGAAACCUCUUUUCCCAGUGAUGUCUUCGGAGCUGCUCCCCCAAGGGCAGCCUCUGCUCGGGAGGCCUCUGAGCUCGGGCAGCCUCAAGGUGCCACUCAAGAUGCAGCGGUGUCUUUGACUCCCGAAGAGCAGGCAAAGCAGGCGCAGCAAAUGCAACAGCAGCAGCAGCUGUUGCAACAGCGACAGGAUCUCCAGCAGCAGCUGCAAGGGGACAUUGAGAUCCGGCAACGCGAGGAACAAGCCCAGCGGCAGCAGCAGCAGCAAAUUGCUGAUGAGGAAAUUCGAACUUUUUAUGAACAGAGAGAGAGACAUCUGGAGAGGCGCAAGGCACAGCUCAAGUACACAAGCGCAGCAGCAGGCAGCAGGUGCCUAUGCAGUUUGAAGGGUGAUGGAUUAAGCUUUUCGGCACUUGGAUAG